AUGAACAGCACUCACUCGGGCUCUUCAGAACUGGCCAAUGGGUCGCGUUCUGAUGGUGGCCCAGAUAAAGGCAAUAAUGCUUUCUCUGCUGUGUCUGCCGAACAAAACUCUCUCUUGAUUUUCCAUAUCGAUGCGGACAAUGCUGUUGUUCUUUCUACACGUUUCUCGACGCAAGGACAGGCAGAUGCGGCGACAGAAAGGAAGGAAGUUCCUGCAAUUCAAGCCUGUUCUGCCAAAGACUUUGCUUCACAUCUCCUGGCCGAAUUUAUGUGGGGGACGCUGGACGCAGAAACAGGAAAAUGGGUCCCAGUCAGCGAGACUCCAUCCUGCGAGCCACCUUUUGGAGAUGAUAGCCUCAUUACUUUCGGACAGUUUCUUCGGACACGAAAUACCGCAGCGGAGCCUGGCAAUCCUGUAGUUUGUGAAAACAUCCGCAGAGCUCUUCAAUCAUUCGGUCAGCUGGAGACGAAGAACAAGCUACAGCAGAAAUACAGAAGAAAAAAGAAUCAGCUGGAAGCUUGUGUUGAAGGAAACACCGACAGAGAUUGCCUGAAAGAAAGCAAGUUCGGUGAUGCUAAACCCGAGGUUUUGAAUGGCGUUCACACUCAGCUCAUGAAGCGAAUGGCACUACCCCUUACGGUGCGCCUUGGACUCGGAUGCGAGAUUCCCGACGCAGGAGAAAUUUUGAAGCCUCUAAAUACCUCAAUCGACGGGCAAGGAUCUGGCGGCGACAGUUUGGUGCGGGAUUCUUCUGUUGGCGCUUCUCCUCCUGCUUUUAGAACCGCGCAUGCAAGUCGAGCGGAAAAUGCCUCCACCAUUUCGAAGGGCGAUCCCUCAACUCCGGGUUUGGCUGAGGGGGUAGCAGCCGCGCAUACGGCAAGGCUGAACAGCGGAUAUUGGUAUACGAUGCCGCAGUGGUUCCACACUUUAUUCAGAAUGAUUAGGGAAAAGGUGGAUUUUAGGCUUGUAUUCUAUACAAGGGACCACGCCAAUGGUGAACACAUCCGCAGCCUCGUGCGAGAAAUCAAUGACUUAUGUGAAGGGAAUCAUCCUGCCUUCAACGGCGAGAACCGAACGAAGCAGGUGUUUCUGGACGGGCGAAAAAGAUCCAGAGACCUCCGUAUUUCAGACUGUCAGAUCGGCUCGCUCUCCCUUACAGACGCCAGGGGUACCACGCCGCAACCGGGACCUUCCCGGGUUUCUUCCUGUUCUGCUUCUCACUGCGUCGAGGAAGGUCCACCGCAGGAAGGCGACAGCACCGACGGGUUAUGUAGCAACACUUUGGGAGGCAGCGAUACUGUGAAAUCAAAUGCACUGCACAGGAACCGGCCACAGUGUGCCUACAAACCCGGUGAAUAUCCGGUGUGGAGACUUAAUUUUCCAGGCUCGGAUACUCAGUACGAGGGAAUUCAAGAGAUUUACACAGCCAUCACUCACGACAUGCUAAAACGCCACAACGUCAUAUGCUUGUGCUUCGGUACUCCCCCGGCAUUCGAAGCUGGUCCUUCGUUUGGUGGCGCCCCCACUCUUGGUCUAAAUGGAGAUUUCUCUGGGUCAAAAACAAACGUUUCUUCCUUCCCUAUCGACGCACCUGUCUGCUUGAGUUCCUAUGGUGGGCCAGAACAGGCUGGCGCAUCAGACAGUUUGUCCUCUGCGCGCGGCUAUCCGGAAGCCACCGUUGGCGAUCGUGGCACCUCCUGCCUUCCAAAGUCAUCAAAGAGCUCAGCACCUCAGCCACCCGCGCUAUGGGAAGAAGGAGUCGAAGACCAGCCGAAAGAGGACACAGUUCAAUAUGAUUCUUCGUCGGCAGCGUCGGGUUGCGUGGCCACAGAAAAAGCAACGCCGCCGGAGCAGACGUGGGGGAAUGUUUUUUCAGCUUCCGGCACCGCGACAGGCGAUGUAGAAAUGAGUACCAAACCAUCGAGUUGUCCGUACUCUCUACAUGGGGGAGGAACGUUUUCUCCUGAUGACGAGACUGCGACUAGCUUAUCUCCCCCUUCCUGCUGCAGCUUCUCACUUUCAGCCCCGCUGACGCCGCUUCCUGUUCUGGUAGAUCCCGCCGACCUCACGCUUCACAAUGUCUGCAUUGGUUCGCCUUCUGUACUGUCAGUCUCAGACGGCUUGUCAUAUGUUUCUACUCUCUCCGUACUCGAAGUUGUACAUGGUACUGUACUGUUUGACUCUUUAGCGACGGAUAAAGCACCGACACCGUCUUCUGACGCUAACGCUUCCGGCUUCUCUCACGAGUCCAAAAGACGCGAAAGACAACAGCACAACUUACAAAGACACUGUCGCGUCGCUGAGGCAUCUGGGUCGCGCUCAGACGCAAAUGGGAGGACAAAAAUGAAUCGAUGCAGUUACGGCGUUUUGGAGGCCGAACAGAGUCCCGAGAAGUCUUUACUGGCAAAGGAAAAGAAAUUAAGCGCGUAUUUAGUCGUAGAUCCUGUUUACUCAGUUGUCAUGCCUGAGCCGUGCAGCUUGAUUGCAAAUCUCGACUAUUUAUGUAACCUGGUACAAGUGACACUUGCCCGGCGUCUUCGACUUCUAUCGCCCGGCUCCCAAAUCCUACAAACGCGGUGGAAGUCUGUGACCCUUUGGAACGCAGGAAAUGUGAGUAGUGACUUUUCGAACUUCUCAGCGAAACAGAAGAACCCAGAUGGGUCAACAGCGAACAAAGAGGAGCGUCCCCAUCAUCCCAGCAGUGUUAACCCACACGCUGAUAAUAGACGUCCUGUUUCGAUGACCAGUUUACCGGGGGAGACGGCCACACAUUGUUGUGGACAAGACGAGCUACAACAACGACGGUUUCUGACCUUCCUCGAUCCGUUUGUAUCUCUUCGUUCCGAUGAAAUCAAGGCUUUACCGACACGGGAUUACCUAAAGGCUACAGUCAUCCCCGUUCUCCUUCCAGCAAUCGAAUCUGUCACAAGAGAUAGACCUGAUGACCCCGUGUCUUGGAUAGCAUUUUACCUUCUUCGCCAUGCAAAAUGUUUCAACAGAAUGGAGAGACAGAGGGGGCUCAACAAUCCUGCGACUUUCCCCCUCUUCGCUUCGAUAGCUGCGACCCCAUCAGCCAGUGCUCGAGAGAUGAAGCCGUUGCUGAUACGGAAUGAAAGUAGUGGAUCGUCUUUGCCCUCAAGUUCGCCACAUGUCACCACUGGUACAAGCGAAAGUACGGCUGGCACACUUAAAAAAAUGCAAAUGCGUUAA